AUGGGCAACGACAGCUCCAUCCUCGCCGACGGUUCCGCCAUGGCCGCUCCAGGCUCCCCCCUCAACCAGACUCUCUUCGAGACAGCGCUGCCGCCGCUGCCCACCUACAGCCUCGAGCCUCAGCCUGACCUCCUGUCGUGGAUGUCAGACUUCUGGCUCUCCCUCGUCAUCCCCGUCGUCGUCUACUGGGCCCUGUCCCUGACCUUCCACGCUAUCGACGUCUAUGACUACUUCCCCCAGUACCGACUGCACACUCCCGAGGAGAUCACCAAGCGCAACCAUGUUUCCCGGUACGAGGUCGCCCGCGACGUCAUCCUUCAGCAGGUCAUCCAGGUCAUCACCGGCGCCAUCCUCGCAAUGACCGAGCCUCCCGAGAUGGCCGGCAAGUCCGACUACGACGUUGCUGUCUGGGCCACUCGCAUCCGCGUUGCUCAGAGAGUCCUCCCUACUGUCCUGGGAGUCUUUGGCUUCAACGCUACCGCCAUCUCCAAGAGUCUCCUCGAAUCUCACCCGCUGCUGGCCGGCGCUCUCGCUGGUGGCUACUACCCCUCGCUCGUCACCGCCACCAACGAGCCGGCCUUUGCUUCGUGGGAGAUCAACGUGGCCAAGGUCAUCUACCACUUCCUCAUUCCCGCUGUCCAGUUCUUUGUCGCCAUCUCCAUCAUCGACACCUGGCAGUACUUCCUCCACCGUCUGAUGCACGUCAACAAGUGGCUGUAUGCGCACUUCCACUCGCGACACCACCGACUUUACGUUCCUUAUGCCUACGGCGCUCUGUACAACCACCCCGUUGAGGGCUUCCUCCUCGAUACCCUCGGCGCAGCUGUUUCGUUCAAGGCCACCUUCAUGACCGUCCGCCAGGGCAUGUGGCUCUUUGCCAUGUCCACCAUCAAGACUGUCGAUGACCACUGCGGCUACGAGUUCCCCUGGGACCCCCUCCAGCUUAUCACUAGCAACAAUGCUGCGUACCACGACAUUCACCACCAGCACUGGGGCAUCAAGACCAACUUUGCCCAGCCAUUCUUCACCUUCUGGGACACUCUUCUGGACACCAAGUACAAGGGAAAGCGGUCCAACAAGCCUGUUGGCCUCAAGAAGGCUGAGGCUGAGGCCAAGAAGCAGUAA